ACCAACUCCAGGUACUUGUGAAGGACUUCUAAGCAGCUACAGAAGCGUGUUGCGGAAGGCUUGGCGAGGGCAAUGGGCUCGAGACUGUUGCGAAAGGUUUUGGUCUUCAAGGAAAGUCCUUGUGCAGGCGGAUGUUUCGUCUUCCUUCUCAUGAUUGCCUUUUCCCUCUUCAUGAGUCUGAGUUUCGUCAUGACCGACAAUGAGUCAAAUACUUUCUUGGAGCAGCUCAGAGGACCUCCCGGAGCCGAAGAUCCGAGGGUCUUGGAAGUACUGAAGAAGCACUACCUGUUGCCUCCCCCGGUAUCGAUGCCCUACAACCUUACUUCCGGCGACGCUACGUCGCGGUAUUUCCUCAAACUCGUCGGCUGGGACUUCAUCCACCGCCACGUGAGGCAGUUGUUCGCGCAGCAACGCGGCGGCUUCUUCGUGGAGGCGGGCGCCCUGGACGGCCAGUUCAUCUCCAACACCCUCUGGCUGGAGAAGGAGCGGGGCUGGACGGGCCUCCUGAUCGAGCCCGACGCCCUCAGCUUCCGGCACCUGCAGUGGCGCAGGCGAAGGGCCUGGAUCUCCCACAGCUGCAUCGCCCCGGGCCAGCACCCGCGAGAGGCCGCCUUCGAGUCCAUGGGAAGGACAAAGAAAGGCCUGUUAGAGUCCGGCCAUUGGCUGUACCGAGCCAACACUCGAGAAUACAACGAAUUCUCGUCUAUUGCUGACGACAUCAGUCGCACUUCCUUUAAGUCCUACUCGAAAGUCCAGUGCUUCCCUCUCGCGUCCUACCUCGCGGCCCUCAACGUCACCAAGGUGGACUUCCUCUCCCUCGACAUCCAGGGCGGGGAGUGGGAGGUGAUCCACUCUCUCCCGCUCGACAGGAUAACCAUAAGGGCCAUGGUCGUCGAACACCUCAACACGAGAGUCGACCUGGAAGAAGCCAGAAACUUCGACGCUGUCUUUGCGGCCUACAUGAAAGAGCUCGGUUACCGCCUGCUCGACCUCGACGCCAAAGCCAACUACGUCUUUGUGCUGGAAAAGGACGCUGCUCUUGCUGCUGCUGCUGCUGCUGCGGGUUCGCAAGGGAAGGCCGGGGAAGGUCAGUGACCGUGCAUGGAGACCAGAU